UAUUACCAGCCCGGCUCUGGCCAUCCCUGCCUAGCCGGGGCUGGUGCUUUCGCACUGCGUGCUGGAGAGUCGCUGCCGCAGCGCGAGUGGCCGCGCAGUGUUGGGGUCGCCAUGGCAGGUUACGAAUACGUGAGCUCGGAGCAGCUGGCUGGCUUUGAUAAGUACAAGUACAGUGCUGUAGAUACCAAUCCACUCUCUCUGUAUGUCAUGCAUCCAUUUUGGAACACUAUAGUAAAGGUAUUUCCUACUUGGCUGGCUCCAAAUCUGAUAACUUUUUCUGGCUUUCUGCUGGUUGUAUUCAAUUUCCUACUUCUGGCAUACUUUGAUCCUGACUUUUAUGCUUCAGCACCAGGCCACAAACAUGUUCCUGGCUGGGUGUGGAUUGUGGUGGGCAUCCUCAACUUCGUUGCCUACACUCUAGAUGGUGUGGAUGGAAAGCAAGCCCGCAGAACCAAUUCCAGCACCCCGUUAGGGGAGCUUUUUGACCAUGGCCUAGAUAGUUGGUCAUGUGUUUACUUUGUUGUCACUGUGUAUUCCAUCUUUGGACGAGGACCUUCUGGUGUCAGUGUUUUUGUUCUUUACCUGCUGCUAUGGGUUGUUUUGUUUUCUUUCAUCCUGUCCCACUGGGAAAAGUAUAACACAGGGGUUCUUUUCCUGCCAUGGGGAUACGACAUUAGCCAGGUGACUAUUUCUUUUGUCUACAUAGUGACUGCGAUUGUGGGAGUUGAGGCCUGGUAUGAACCUUUCCUGUUUAAUUUCUUAUAUAGAGACCUAUUCACUACAAUGAUUAUUGGUUGUGCAUUAUGUGUGACUCUCCCAAUGAGUCUAUUAAACUUUUACAAAAGCUGUAAAAAUAACAGCUUGAAACACAAUUCGAUCUAUGAAGCUCUGGUCCCCUUCUUUUCUCCAUGUUUGCUAUUCAUUUUGUCUACAGCCUGGAUUCUCCAGUCACCUUCCGAUAUUUUAGAGAUGCAUCCUAGAGUAUUCUACUUUAUGGUUGGAACAGCCUUUGCCAAUAUCACAUGUCAGCUGAUUGUCUGUCAAAUGAGCAAUACCAGAUGUCCAACUUUGAAUUGGUUGCUGGUUCCUCUCUUCUUGGUUGUCGUGGUGGUAAACUUAGGAGUCGCCUCUUAUAUUGAGAGCAUUCUCCUAUAUACAGUAACAGCUGCUUUCACUCUGGCCCACAUCCAUUAUGGAGUACGAGUGGUAAAGCAACUGAGCAGCCAUUUUCAGAUUUACCCGUUCUCAUUGAGGAAACCCAACUCAGAUUGACUAGGAAUGGAAGAAAAGAACAUUGGCCUGUAAUCUACAGAAAGAAGUACUGUAAAUACGAUGCUUGUAAAUAUUUCAUCUAUCACCAUUGAACUAAACUGAUCUGCUUAACAGACAUGGGAACUCUGUGUGUGGUACUUGUACAGCAAGAAUGAUAUAUAUAAUCUGAAAUGUGGAAUUUUGAACCUACUAACUCCCACCUUAUUUUAUUUUUUAUUAAACCAUGUGAUGUUUUGGUGAAGCCUAAUGUACAUUAGACCAGCAAAUGAUUUAGUGAUUUUAACCUCAUGAGUCCAUGAUGUUUUUGGUUCAUACAGAGUGAAAGAUGCUUUAUUUUUAUUAUUUAAAACACCCCCAAAUUGGUUUAAAACACUGAUGAUGUUCAGAAAACCACAAUAUGUUUUCAUAUUUGGUACUUAGUAAGAGGCCGUUGGCUCUGGAAGCUAUCAGUAGUCCACAUCCAACAUCAGGAAAAGAGAAGAGCAAGUCACCUUCAGCAAGAGAUGCCAAAUGAUUACAGAACAAUAUGACGGUUUGCCAAUAUACUGGUUUCUCUUUCCCAUGGAAAUGCCUUUGUCCUCCUGUGCUAAGAGAGCUAGGAUAUAUGUUUAGAUUCUCUAAUAUUCUGGCUCUCUUUGUGAGGGAGCAGAGCGUGGUAAAUGGUUUAGUUUCCUUUUAAAGAAAAACAUUCUAUUGAGACUCAGUAGAGAGUGGAUUGUAACUGUAGCUCACCCAUGGGCAUGGUUCAUUGUUUCAGUGUGGCAUUUCCCCCCUCGGCUAUAGUUGCUGAGAUUGGGUGCCUGAGAACUGAUUAAGUGAAUGCAUGUGCCAGUGUGAGUCUGAUGGUAGUGACUUGCGAGGAGCACAGAUGAACUUCCCUUCUUGGAGAAAUGGACUUUGGAGUCAGGGUUCUCACGAGCGUCACUAUGAAAUGACUGCUGUGAACCUCACUACAAAGUUAGUUUUGUAAUUCAGUUUGUCCUUCCUUCCUUCCUCUCUGCCUCUGGAGGAGCGAGUGCUGUAUUUUUUAUUUUAUUCAGGAUAAAGAAGGAGAGAGAAACCCUCUCUUCUCCAGCUUGCCCACCUUCCCACUUGAAGAAAUUUUUUUAAUAUAUGCCUUACUGAGUAUGUACUCUCUUUAAUAAUACCUGGAACAAUUUUUGAGGUUUACGGACAAGCAUCAAAAUCUCUUGGACUUUAAUGUGGUUGUUUGAUAGAUCACACCUUUCCAUGAAUGUAGAUAUUUUCUUCUUCUUUUUUUUUUUUUAACUUUGUCUCCAUUUACUUUGGUGGUGGUGAAAUUUACUCCCUGAUUUUCUUUUAUUUUUCACUGAAUGAAGUUUGUGCUUGAAUGAAGAGUGUAUCUUAAACCCUUUUUUUGGAUGGAUUGCACUUGGAUAAAAUAGGCACCACUGUGUUGAUAUGUAAUUAAGUUCAUAACCAUUAUUUAUCUAGGAAUGUGACCAUUUUAAAAUUUAAUUAUAUAGUGUAUUUCUUGGUUGAAUGUCUGUCUGCUGCUUUGUAAAAAUAACUAUGUAAUUGAUAUUUCAGUUCCUAAAUUUGCAAAUUCUAAUAAUUGUCAUCUAGGUCAUUAGACAUGAAGAGUCAAGGAGUUGAUCUCAUGGUUCUGUACUCAUUUUUAAAAAUGAUUGUAAAGGUUGAGGUAUAUUCAGUGACUUUCUCUGAAACAAAAAUGAACACUGAAAAUAGGUGAGAAAUUGUUGCUGUAAAAUGUGGGUAGUGAUUCCAUGUUUGUUGAUAAGUUGCCAUCAUAGAGGUCAGAGAAUGAAUUAGUUAAGUGAGGGGAAUGCUCUUUUCAGUAGACCUUGUUCUGUGUCAUCUGUAAAAUUGAACCGGAGAAAGUGUUCUCUUGGGCUGGGAACAGAGCUUUGCUUCAAGGUUUCUGAGCUAAUCAUUUCACCGUUUUGUUGACCUUGUACACAAGAAUGAGGUUCAUCUGUACUAGAUCAGAAAGGAACUGAUAAAUAUUUAUAAAAUGAUACAUUUGGACCACAGGCUUUCUUCACCUUAUAGUAUAGUGAGAAAAUACCUCUUACUUCUGGCAUAAGGUCAUGUCCUGUCACUUGGGGGUUAUUACCUCAAAGUGUGUUUCUGCUCUCUUUCUGUUGCAUCAAGUUCAUUUGAAAAUUGUUUUGUGCCUAUACUUUAUGACUUAUUUCCCUAUGGUGGUAAAGAAUGGUGCCAUCGUCAGUUUUUUUGACAUCCUUAGAUGAAAGAAAGGUGACUGUCAGCAAGGUGAAAGUAAAACUGUGAUGAACUGUCUCAGAACAUCGUGAACUGUGCUUCUGGAGUGUACUGCUGACUCGUGUUCUUGGUGUAGUCUGCCAUCUUCAAGUGCAUCUUGAAAGUCCCCAUGUGUUAGGUAGUGAUGGGGUGCCUGAAGCAGGACUUAGUUACAAGUAGCUCUGUGCAUUUAUGUCAUGCCAAUUAUCACGACAUUUCCAAAGUAUAAAAGAUAUUUCAGGCUUAUGCAUGAUAUUUGGGGUGAGUUCACACCUCAGCCUUUCUCCCAGCAUACACUGAGCUGCCUUUUGGGGGAGCAUUGGGAUGAUUGGUCACCCCUACAUGCUUUCUGUACUUUUCAGAAUAGAGUGCCUUAGCCAGGCCAGAGGUGUACUUUGUGUUUCUACUGACCAAAGUUACCUAGACCUGUAAGAGAAGCUUCUUUUCAGGUUAUGGUAUGAAAAAUGCCCUUUCUUGCUUGUCAGAAAAGAAUUCCCCUGUAUUUGAGGGGGGGCACGAGAUAGAAAAAUUAGAAAAUACCUGGAUACAGAAUGUUAAUGCUGCCUUUAGUGAAGUUUAAUAACAUGAUCUUCACAGUUUAAAUUUGUUACAUUUUAAAUCGUCAUUCCUCCAAUAAUAUGUAAUGAAUACAGUUUAUGGGUUUUAGUCUUAAGGGUAAUAGAAUAACUUCCAAGUAGAAAACUAAAUGAUCUUCCUUGAUAUUUAAUAUCAUGGUUAAUUCUAAUUUAAUUCUAAUUUAAAACUACUUUUAAUUCUAAUUUAAAAAGAAAUGCUGAUGAUGGUCUAGAACAGCCGUGGGCAAACUCCGGCCCGCGGGCCGGAUCCAGCCCGUUUGAAAUGAAUAAAACUAUUGAAAAAAAAGACCGUACCCUUUUAUGUAAUGAUGUUUACUUUGAAUUUAUAUUAGUUCACACAAACACUCCAUCCAUGCUUUUGUUCCGGCCCUCUGGUCCAGUUUAAGAACCCAUUGUGGCCCUUGAGUCAAAAAGUUUGCCCACCCCUGGUCUAGAAUGUUAUGUACUACUACCAACAUGUCAUUUAUUUUAAUAUAGCGCUAUCAGGAGAGGAAUGUAUCUCUAGAGUUGCCCAAAUUCCAAAUUAGAUACCAAAAGACCAUUGACCAUGGUCUGGAACCUGGGCAUUGGGGGAAUAUGCAUAGGAAAAAAACAUGCAUCAGACCUACUUGAAGGGAAAGUAGGGAUCACCUUAAUGCCUAAAGCCCAUGGCGCCCAAUGAUAUAAGUGUAGUGCACAUUUUAAAAUUGUCACAAUAUAGCUCAUCAUCCCUCCACUAAUUUUAGAUUCAAAUGUGAAUUUGAAAGUUUCCUAAUUGUUUAAUUUACAAAGAAUUAGUGUAUUUUGUAGUCAAUCAUAAAGGAUUGGGAGUGUACCUUGCUGUCCAAAGCAGACUUUGAUUCUGUGACCGAUGGAGAAUAAAAAGAUCAACUGGAGGUGUUUGGUCAAAGGCUACUUUCCCCCUUACAUUCUAACUAGAAGUCUAUUUUUAACUCUUCCUCUCCAGUCUUCACCUGGGUUUCAUUUCAACUAGCCACUGCCUAGGACAGAGAUGCCCACUUGCUGUGUUGCCCCAGAUCUUGCCACAUUCAGAUCUCCUUGAUUUGCCUUUAGAAAUCUUGUCCAUUAGUCAAGGACUGGGAACGUGCCAGAGGGAACAAAUAAACCCGAUGGGCUGGAAUGUUGACGUUGGGUUCCCAAAUAAGCCAAAAGCAGGAACAGAAAUUUUUGGUUGUGUUGAUUCCUGUGUUCAGAGUGUCCUUUACCUUGACCUCAGUUCUGGACUUGAUUGAGCACUCUUAUUUAUAGGAAAUUUUGAAGUCAGACUAGAAUCUUCUUUGUCCUAUGAGAUUACUUUGUGAGGCAGCGUGCCCUUUCUUCAACACCCUGUGGGUGAACAACCUUAUUAUGUUAGCUGCCAGUCCCAGAGCCUUCCACGAAUUUUAACUAGUAUGCUGCAUUUGAGGCACUUUGACAUGUACGUUUAAAGUGACAGUUUUAACAAUAAAAUGGUGUUAAAUUAAUCACUGUGAAACUUGAAGGUGUGAAGCUCUACAUUUUAGGAAGCUUAAGUAGAUUCUGAUUUUCCUUAAUUAAUUAUGAAAUGUGAUUUGUAUAUUUUACUUUUCAUCUUGGACAGUGGUUCAAAUGACUGACAUGUUGGCAGGCAGCUACUGUUAGGGUCUGUGGUAAAUCAUGGUGGUUUAACUUUUCCAGAGAAAGUGGCGAUGUGUUUACCUUUUCCUUGCAUGGAGCCAUGGGAAUUGGGUUUAUUGGCUCAUUCAUUUCCAGUGUCUCUAAGUGCAAAAUAAAUGUCACCUUUUUAACCUGCAUGCUAGUAAUGUGCUUUGCUUUUUAGUAAACAAAUAUGGAAAAGAUAGUCAUCUGGCUGAUUUUUGUUUGUUUUUAAGCAGGGACCUGCUCUUUAUACAGACAGACCUUAAAUAGCUCACACUUAGGAUAGCAAAGGCAGUUUGUCACUUGUGUCCGUCUCACAGGCGGCCUGAGCAAGGGGGUUGGUUGCAUUUGGUCAGAAAGGCCAGGUCCCCAGGAUGGGAAAGUGGCACAUGGGCUGCUUUUAGAAUAUUUUAAUCGGCUCGUCUCCUUAGGGAAGUCCAUGUGGCACAACCGGAGUGUCUGGUCCCACAGACCAUUCACGUUGCCUUGGCCUUCACAGAAUCAUUCUGGAAAGCCAGGCUGCAUCCGAGUGUGCUGUUUUUAAAGCAUGUGAGUGAGUUGGAUCAUGGCCAUAGGGUACCUAAUGCGACAUUGAAAUUAGAGACAGGUUUGUAGGCACAGGAGUGGCUGAAUGCUCUGGGUGCCUAAGGCUCUUUGGCUACCUACUGUCUUCUCUUGAGCAGUUAAUAUGGGUAGCAAUUAAAAUUAGAAUUAACUUUUUAAAAAUUAAAUUCUACAUAAUUCUCCAUGAAUUCUAGAUUCUGGUAUUCUUGACAAGCAGUUUUUAUUAUCUGAGAAGUUCCUGACCAGGAACAUGUUUAGUUAGUACUUGCUGUUAUUAACCAGGAGCCUGUUUUAAUUUUACAAGAUCUCUGCAUGCUGCAUUAUAAAUCUGUUUAAAAUACUGGUAUCAUUCCAUAUCAGACUUUGAAUUGAAUAACUACUAUUUAAGAUUGCCUCACAAUAUUAACUUUUUUUUGGUAGGUUAUUUUGUUUAGAUAACUUGCCCCAUUAGAGCAGCCAUACAAGAGACAAAGACCCAGCUACAUGGGUUACUUACUCAUUCUGAAAUGUGCCAAGAAAGCAGAAUUUAGUAUUAAACUCUAAAUUUCAACUUUUAAAAAAACAGGUAGCAUUUCCUCUGAUAAAGGAGAAGUCAGUGGAUAAUCGCCAAGGUGUACAGGCAGAAACUUCCCACUGCCAUUUUCUCCCCUCCCCUCCCACCUAAUAUAAUAGAUCAAAUCUGUAACCAAUUGCAGAAUUGGAUGCUUUUCUGAGUACGGUUUCAUGCCCUGUGAUUAAGAAUGGGUGGCAGGAACCAUGGCCGAAUCAAUUACUGUUGCAGUUUGCUUUCUGUAGAUUCUGAAACAAAAAGACGGUUCCAUCCCUUCUCAGGUACCUAGAGACAAUACCACUCAAGCAACUGGAAUAUAGUUGCUACAAGUUGAAUAUAUUAUCGAAGAAGAAGAGGAGCACAAAAUUUUAUUUUCCCUUCCAAGUAGUUUAAUUGAACAUACUCAUAAUCGGUCUAUCUAGGACUUGCUGUGUUUAUAGUAAAUCAUGUAGCAUUUAUUUUGUCUGGUUAUGUGCGAUGUGUGUGUAUAUAUACAUAGUUAAUAUGUACACAUGUAUUCUCUGUGCAUAUACAUGUAUGAUCUAUUCGUGUGAACAUGCAGUCUACUCUUGAUUAUCAGCGAGGUGGUGAGCCCUCCGUGCACUUCCUUCCUGCUGACUUAAUCUGCAUGAAGCCCCUCGCUCCGUGAAGCCUCUCCCGCAUCUGGGGCCACAGGCUUUCCUACGUCUAGCUCAUCUCAGCCCCAGGAAAGGCCCUUGAAAUAAGUCACUUCCCAUUUCCCUUUCACCGGGGAUCGUGUGAGCCAGGAAGACCGCUUUUGAGAAAGACGGCUGCUUCCACCAGGUUGAGGCUUCAGGGCCUGAAGGUGAUGGAGCCCAUUCCUGGCAGGCAGGCAGCUCUGGGGCUUAGCGCUCCUGGGCUUGAUGGGGAGAAACCUAGCUCUUGCGGAAGUGGGGCUUCGCAACUUGCUUCAAUUCCUUAGCAGGAAUGUUGUAAAAUCUUAGAUAAGUCUUUGAUGUACAACCGUGUGUUUCACCGAUAUAUUUGCAUCAUCGGUAUUGCUGUUUCCCAUCGCUACCCCAGAUAAUCAAGACCUGACUGUUUCUUGCCACUGGAUUCCGGAAGCCUUGUCCUUUCAACUGGAUUUAUGUUUAUUUCUGCUGCUGUGAAACCCAAAAGUAAUGCAGUAGGUUUUAAUUUAAAAUUGUUAAAUUCCAUUAUUGAUAAAUAUUUAUUGUAAUAAAAGUAAAGAGUAAAUAAUUUUUAAAUCCUU